GCGGCGCCGCUGGGCUGGGCUUGGCGAGGGGCGUCCUCUCGCCGCCGCGGGGGUGUCGGGCACCGCUCCGCGGCGCUGCUGGCGCCGGCGGCGGCAGCAGCAGCAGCGGAGACUCCUCUCACCUUCCCCGCCGCCGGAGACCCAGUGCUGCCCCGCUGCGCCCGCCCGCUCCAUCACACGCUGUUGUCAUGGAGGAGCCAAGAUGGCGGCCCUGGCCUACACCCUGGGCAAGCGGGAGAUCAACCACUACUUCAGCGUGAGGAGCGCGAAGGCGCUGGCGCUGGGCGCCGUCCUGCUGCUCGCCGCCUGCCACGCCGCCUUCCGCCGCUACCGAGGUGAUGAUACGUGCGAAUAUCUUCUCUCCAGUGGGAGAUUUCUUGGGGAAAAUGUAUGGCAGCCCCACAGUUGUAUGAUGCAUAAAUAUAAAAAUAGUGAAGCCAAAAGCUGCCUCCUAGAUAAACAUAUUGCAUUUAUAGGAGAUUCCAGAAUUCGCCAGUUGUUUUAUUCUUUUGUAAAACUCAUAAAUCCUCAAGUCAAGGAAGAAGGAAACAAGCAUGGAAACAUUCUUUCUGAAGACAAAUCUGCAUCAAUUAAAGUGGAUUUCCUGUGGUAUCCAGAAGUUAAUGGCUCUAUGAAGCAACGUAUCAAAUCAUGGACUGAGGGUUCUAUUGCAAAACCUCAUGUAAUUGUAGCAGGCGCUGCUACGUGGUCUAUCAAGAUUCACAAUGGCAGUAAUGAAGCCCUCACGCAAUAUAAAAUCAAUAUCACUUCAAUAGCGCCUCUUUUGGAAAAAUUAGCAGAGAGUAGUGAUGUAUACUGGGUCUUACAAGAUCCUGUUUAUGAAGAUAUGUUGAGUGACAGUAGGAAAAUGAUCACUAAUGAGAAAAUAGAUGCUUACAAUGAAGCUGCAAUCAGUAUUCUGAACAGCAGCUCCAGAAAUUCCAAAGCUAAAGUUAAAGUGUUCAGCGUUUCUAAACUCAUAGCACAAGAAACUAUCAUGCAAUCUUCAGAUGGCCUGCAUCUCCCAGAAUCAAGCAGAGAAACAAGUGCAAUGAUUCUUAUGAACGUCUACUGCAAUAAGAUUCUGAAGCCCAUUGAUGGUUCCUGUUGCCAGCCUCAGCCUCCUCUCACUCUGAUACAGAAGCUAGCUUUUUGCUUUUUUGCUUUGUCCAUUAUUGGAUAUUUAAUUCUCACUUUUAUUUAUCGUAAUAAUCAUCGAAAAAACAAGCCAUGCACCGAUAUGGAAAGUGGAGAGGAGAAAAAACCUGUCACCAAUACAUCUCCUGUUUCUGCUCUAGAGACACUGUUACACUCCUUCUUCAAGCUGGGUCUAAUCAUGGCCUAUUUCUAUCUGUGUGACAGAGCAAAUCUAUUCAUGAAGGAAAACAAAUUUUAUACACAUUCAUCUUUCUUCAUACCAAUCAUCUACAUCCUGGUUUUAGGAGUAUUUUAUACCGAAAACGCCAAAGAGACUAAGAUGUUAAAUAGAGAGCAGACAGAUGAAUGGAAAGGCUGGAUGCAGCUUGUUAUUUUGAUUUAUCAUAUCUCUGGAGCAAGCACUUUUUUGCCUGUGUAUAUGCACGUUCGGGUUCUGGUUGCUGCAUAUCUGUUCCAAACAGGUUAUGGACAUUUUUCAUACUUUUGGAUCAAAGGAGACUUUGGAUUGUAUAGAGUGUGUCAGGUUUUAUUUCGUCUCAAUUUCCUGGUUGUGGUGUUAUGUAUAGUGAUGGACCGACCUUACCAAUUUUACUACUUUGUUCCACUAGUCACUGUCUGGUUUAUGAUCAUCUAUGCUACAUUAGCUGUAUGGCCUCAAAUAGUCCAGAAGAAAGCAAACGGGAACUCCUUCUGGCACUUUGGCUUACUGCUGAAACUAAUUUCUUUACUUACAUGUAUAUAUUUUCUAGCAAAUUCUCAGGGUGUAUUUGAGAAGAUUUUUUCUCUUUGGCCAUUGUCCACGUGUUUUGAGCUGAAUGGAAAUGUCUAUGAAUGGUGGUUUAGGUGGAAGCUAGACCGCUAUGUAGUCUUUCAUGGGAUGAUGUUCGCUUUUAUUUAUCUGGCAUUACAAAAACGUCAGGUGCUUUUGGAAGGGAAAGGAGAUCCUCUCUUCUCCAACAAAAUUUCAAAUGUUUUACUAUUUAUUUCUGUAGUUUGCUUUUUGACCUACUCUAUCUGGGCUAGUAGCUGUAAAAACAAAACAGAGUGCAAUGAACUGCAUCCUUCUGUUUCUGUAGUGCAGAUUUUAGCUUUCAUCCUCAUCAGGAACAUUCCUGGAUAUGCCCGUUCUGUAUACAGUUCAUUUUUUGCCUGGUUUGGCAGAAUUUCUUUAGAGUUUCAAGAUUGGAUACUCCUUUAGAGGAAGAACUAAGAAACCUGAUUCAUCCAAGGGAACCUUCCCCAUGAGGUUAUUCUACAUACAGAAGAACACAAGCUGCUCCAGAUAGGAGCUGUCAAGGAGGUACCAAAACUUCUGUGGGGUCAGGUGUUCUAUUCAAGAUACUUCCUAGUACAGGAUCUAAGAUGUUUUAGAUUUAAGAAAAUUGAACAGAUACAAAACCAGAACGUCCGAACGUAUAUUAUCUCUGGUCUCUGUAACUCCCUCGCUUACAGUUAUGGAUUAGUUCUCCACUCCCUAUUUAAAGGAUACUUAUUUUCAUAUCUCUGUCCGACACAGGUGUAGAAAAUAUCUGCAUUUAAUGGUGGAGGGAUGCCAUUUCCAGUACAAAGUCCUCCCAUUUGGGCUGUCCACAGCACCAAGAGUCUUUUCAAAGUGCCUUUCUGUGAUAACAGCACAUCUAAGAAAACUGGUUUUUUGCAUACCUAUAUUUGGACAAUUGGUUGCUAAAAGUUGCGGAACCCAAGGAUCUGUUCAGAGCAUGUUUACAAUCUCCCUCUUUUUGGAUCUGGGUCUGUUUCUCAAUGUCAAAAAAAUGAAAUAAACUCAAAAAAAUUGUAUAGGUUCUAUAUUGGUCUCAGUAGCAUGGAAAGCUUUUCUUCCGGAGAACAGGUUUCUAAAAACUGAUCAAGUGGUUUUGCCAAUUCAAACUUGCAAAUUUUAGAAACUGAACGUCUUCCUGGGUUUCAUGGGUUUGAUGGCAGCUAUCACUUACAUAACUCCUCCCUUUGCUUGUCUCAGAGUGAGACUGAUGCAGCACUGGAUGUCUCGAGUCUAAACACUCAAUCAGGAUAGUCUUCAAACAUUUGUCACCAUGCCACAAGAUGUUCUAAAUUCACUGCAGCAGUGGACAGACAGAUCAAAUGUUCUCAGAGGUAUCCUCUUCAAUGCCCCCUCGCCAUUGCUCACAAUAAGGUCAGGUGCAGCCAAUAGUGGAUGGGGAGCCCAUUUAAGUUGGAUUACACUCUGAGGUCACUGGGCUUUUCAAGAAAAGAGCUUGCAUGUAAAUGUUUGGAAUUAAGCCAUUCAUUUGGCCCUCAGAUCUUUACUUCCUCAUACAAAAGGGAAGGUUGUUCAGGUAGCAAUGGACAAUACAACAACUAUGUGAACAAACACGGGGGUUCUCAUUCUUUCCAUGUAUGUGCCAAAACUCAGAUUAUGGAAAAGAUGGUUACUCACCUUUGUAACUGUUGUUCUUUGAGAUGUGUUGCUCAUAUCCAUUCCAAUUAGGGUGUGCACGCGCCGCGUGCACAUUAAUCGGAAGAUUUUUACCCUAGCAACACUCAGUGGGUCGGCUGGGUCGCCCCCUGGAGUGGCGCUGUUAUGGCGCCGGAUAUAUACCCCUGCCGACCCAAGGGCCCCUCAGUUCCUUCUUGCAGGCUACUCCAACAGAGGGGAAGGAGGGCGGGUUUGGAAUGGAUAUGAGCAACACAUCUCGAAGAACAACAGUUAUAAAGGUGAGUAACCGUCUUUUCUUCUUCGACUGCUUGCUCAUAUCGAUUCCAAUUAGGUGAUUCCCAAGUCUUACCUAGGCGGUGGGGUCGGAGUGAGAUGUUGCAGAAUGCAAAACUGCUGAGCCAAAUGCUGCAUCAUCUCUGGACUGUUGAACCAAAGCGUAAUGUGAGGCAAAGGUGUGAAUCGAUGACCAGGUAGCUGCCCGACAUAUUUCCUGGAUGGGAACACAAGCCAGGAAGGCGGCAGAUGAAGCUUGAGCCCGAGUAGAAUGGGCGGUAAGGAGGCUAGCCGGAACGUGAGCCAAAUCAUAGCAUGUACAGAUGCAGGACGUUAUCCAAGAUGAAAUUCGUUGGGAUGAGACCGGUAGGCCUUUCAUCCGGUCUGCCACAGCUAUAAAGAGCUGAGGCGACCUUCGGAAGGGUUUUGUUCUCUCGAUAUAAAAGGCGAGAGCCCUGCGAACGUCUAGGGUGUGCAGCUGUUAUUCCCGACGCGAUGAGUGUGGCUUCGGGAAAAAGACUGGAAGGAAGAUGUCUUGAUUGACAUGAAAGGCGGACACCACCUUAGGGAGGAAGGAGGGGAAUGGUCGCAGCUGUACCUUGUCCUUAUGGAACACUGUAUACGGGGGGGUCCGCUGUCAGGGCCCAAAGCUUAGAUACUCACCUUUGCCAAAGUAAAAGCGACGAGGAAGGCUGUCUUCCAGGAAAGGUACAGCAGUGAGCAGGUGGCUAGUGGUUCGAAAGGAGUACCCAUAAACUUGGCUAGCACCAGGGUGAGGUCCCAGGUAGGGGUUGGGCGUGUAACUUGUGAGUACAAAUGUUCCAAUCCCUUGAGGAACUUUGAAACUAUGGGGUGAGAGAAGACUGAUCAGCCAUCUUCCCCUAGAUGGAAGGCGGAGAUGGUUGCCAGAUGCACCUUUAUGGAAGAGACCGCUAGGCCUUGUUCUUUCAGGGACCAGAGGUAGUUCAGGAUAGUAGUAACUGACACCUGCCUGAGGACUGAGUUACGUUGAGCGCACUAGCAGGAGAAACACUUCCACUUGGCCAGAUCUGUCAUCCUAGUGGAAGGUUUCCUACUGCGCAAGAGCAGAGCAACGCAACUCAGACUGGCUCAACCAUGCAGCAACCAUGCUGUGAGGUGAAGAGACUGCAGGUCCGGAUGGUGAAGUCUGCCGAAAUCUUGCAUUAUGAGAUCGAGCCAGAGUGGCAGGGGGAUCGGGUCUGCCACUGAGAGGUCGAACAACAUAGUGUACCAGUGCUGCCUCGGCCACGCUGGAGCAAUCAGGAUCAGGUGGGCGCUGUCCCUGCGAAGCUUCAGUAGGACUCUGUGGACCAGCGGGAAUGGUGGAAAGGCAUAGGUUAGGUGCUUCUUCCACGGGAUGAGGAAAGCGUCUGAUAGGGAGCCUGGGGAGCGUCCCUGGAAGGAGCAGAACACUUGGCAUUUCCUGCUCUCUCGGGAGGCAAAGAGGUCUAUGUGGGGAAACCCCCCACUUCUGGAAAACAGAAUAGAUGACAUCCGGACGAAUCGACCACUCGUGAAACAGGAAGGAUCUGCUGAGGCAAUCCACCAGAGUGUUCUGGACUCUUGGGAGAAAGGACGCUACCAAAUUGAUCGAGUGGGCUAUGCAAAAGACCCAGAGGUGGAAGGCUUCUUGACAAAGGAGGGAGGAGUGUGCUCCGCCCUGCUUGUUUAUGUAAAACAUGGCCAUUGUGUUGUCCGUGAACACUGAUACACAACGGCCUCGGAGAUGUUCUUGAAACACCUGGCAUGCUAAACGGACCACCCUCAGCUCCCGCACAUUGAUGUGUAAGGCUAGCUCUUGAGUUGACCAGAGGCCUUGAGAGCAGAGGCCCUUGAGGUGAGCACCCCAACCCAGAGAUUAUGCAUCCGUGGCUAUGGCCAUCGAGGGUUGUGAUGGGUGGAAUGGCAUCCCUGCACAGACUAGAGUGGGGUUUAGCCACCAGGUUAGGGAGCCCAGAACCUUCUGGGGAAUAGUGAGCACUGAGUCCAGGCUGUCCCUGCGUGGCUGGUAUACUGAAGCAAGCCAGGUUUGAAAGGGACAGAGGCGUAGCCUGGCGUGUUUGGUCACGAAGAUGCAGGAGGCCAUGUGACCUACUAGGCUGAGGCAGUUGCACACCGACGUUGUUGGGAUGGUUUGAAGUCCUCAACAAAUUGAAGCCAUUGCUUGAAAACGCGACUGUGGGAGGCAGACUCUGGCCAGAUUGGAGUCCAGAACCGCUCUGAUAAAGUCUAUUCUCUGCGAGGGUGUCAGAGUAGACUUCUCUGUGUUGAUCAUCAGGCCUAGGUUCCUGAAGAGGUCUUGGACGAUGCACAGGUGCCGUGACACUUUUAUCUGGGAGGUCCCUCAAAUGAGCCAAUCGUCAAGGUACGGGUAGACGUGUACCCGACAACACUGGAGGGAGGCGGCGACUACGGUCAUGCAUUUUAUGAACACCUGGGAGGCUGUAGAAAGGCCAAACGGAAGUACGGGGAACUGAAAGUGUUGAUGGUUUACCAUCUGUGUGGUGGGUAAAUUGCGAUGUGGAAAUAUGCGUCCUUCAUAUUGAGGGCAGCAUAUCAGUCUCCCGGAACCAGGGAUGGGAUAAUGGUCCCCAGGGUUACCAUGCAGAACGUUAACUUUAUCAUGAAUUUGUUGAGUUCUUGCAGGUCUAGGAUCAGUCGUAGACCUCCCUUUGCCUUGGGGAUUAGGAAGUAGCAAGAAUAAAACCCCUUGCCCCUCAUGUCUUUUGGUACCUCUUCUAUGGCUCCCAUGGCUAGGAGCGACUGGACCUCUUGUAAGAAGAAUUGCUUGUGAGAGAGGUCCCUGAAGAGGGACGGGGAAGGGAGGGUGGGAAGGUGGGGUUGAAACAAACUGGAGGUGGUAUCCCAAUUCUACCGUGUGCAGGACCCAGUGAUCGGAAGUUAGCUAGGACCAGGCAGGGAGGAAAUGGGAGAGGCGGUUGAAAAAUGGAGGAAAAGCAUCCGGGAAAAUAACUGGUGGGCCAUCCUCGGGCAUCCCAUCAAAAGUUCUGCUUGGGCCCCACUGGUGGCUUAGGGGGGGCCUGAUUUUGACCCCCUUGAGGGCCAGACUGCCUCCGACGAUUCCCUCUACCACACCUUCUGCUAAAGUCCUGAUGCGGCCUAGGCGGGGUGUAAGGGCGGCGUGGCUGGGGCCGGAAGGUCCUGCGUUGGGUCACUGGUGUGUGCAUACCCAGUGAGCGCAUUGUGACAGGAUUGUCCUUCAGACUUUGCAAUCUGGGGUCAGUCUUGUCUGAGAAAAGGCCCUGGCCUUCGAAGGGCAAGUCCUGAAUAGUUUGUUGUAAUUCUGGAGAAAGGCCUGAUACCUGGAGCCAGGAGAUACGCCUCAUAGUCACUCCUGAUGCCAGAGUUCUGGCUGCGGAGUCCGCUGCAUCCAGAGAGGCUUGGGGGGAGGUUCUUGCCACUUUUUUACCCUUCUCAAGUAAGGCCGUAAAUUCUUGACGGGACUCCUGGGGAAGAAGCUCUGUAAACUUCCCCAACGACGUCCACGUGUUAGUUAUACCUACUCAGGAGGGCUUGUUGAUUUGCCACCCUAAGUUGAAGGCCCCCGGCCGAGUAUAUUUUGCGGCCUAGGAGGUCCAUGCGCCUAGCCUCCUUCGAUUUAGAAGCAGCGGCUUGCUGGCCAUGACGCUCCCUUUCGUUCACCGAUUGCACUACUAGAGAGCCAGGAAGUGGGUAAGUGUAGAGAUAUUUAUACCCCUUUGAGGAGACCAUGUAUUUUCUCUCUGCUCCCCUGGCUGUGGGGGGAAUUGAGGCUGGGGAUUGCCAAAUGGUGUCCGCAUUUGUCUGUAUGGUGCAGAUAAAUGGGAGAGCCACUCUAGUAGGUGCGUCAGCCGAAAGGAUGUCCCCUACAGGGUCCUCUAUUUCAGGGAUCUCCUCCACCUGUAAGUUCAUAUUUUGAGCCACUCGUCUCAAGAGGUCUUGAUGGGCCCUUAGAUCAAUUGGCGGAGGGCCUGAGGAGGAUGUUCCCGGCCCUCCUUGUCUGGCGAGAAGGAAGAGGAGAGGCCAGGGACCAGAGGGUCCUGCGGGAGCUCCUGUUCUUGAGGAGCGUCAUUUGCGUCAGGUGGGACUUGGGUAUCUGCAGGUGAUAUCGGAGCCUCAUCCGUGCCCGGGGGGGGCGGGGACGGCUUACUGUCGCCUUUGGCACCCGGUGUUCUGACGAGGCCGAUUGUGGAACCACUGAAGGAGCACCUUGUGCUUGGUGGUAUGCCCACGGUGUCCAGAAGGACCAGUGAUGGAGUCCUUGCUUGUGGCUCUGGCUCUCAGGAAAUAUAUGGCUGGGGACAUCUGAGUCGUGCUCCUGUGGAUAGGAAGCACUACCAGCCUGUGAUGACACCGAUGUGUGUCUUGACAGCCAUGGCAGUGCUGACAGACCCUGAGAGGGAGCCACGGUUCUGGUUGUUCUUUCCCGGGGUGGUACCAGAGAGUGGUACCAGGAGCUAUAACGGUACUGCGAGCAAGACCGGGACCUGCGACCGUAGCGGUGCCGGGAGGUCGACCGGGAUUUCCAGUCCCUUCGUCUGGCGCAACUGCGAG